AUGCCACAGAACGCAGAAUCGACAACUGCAAAUACUAUACCUAACGAACAUCAUGAUCCUGGAUUGACACAAAGUCCUUUCUGGACUGUAUUAAAAAAACUAUCGAUAGACGACUUUAAAAACACUGGACAAAUUCCGUGUGCACGCAACAGCCUUCUCUCGGGGAUAGGCGGCGGAGCACUUUUCGGUAUAAUGCGUUUACUCCACUCAGGUAAUAUUGCAUUCGCGACGCAGACGGCUCUCGGGUCAUGCUGUCUAAUUGGGGUUGGAGCAUGGGAACUCUGUCGAUGGCAGCGGAGAAAAGAAAAAAAUAAGAUGAAGGAAAUUGUAAUAGCUACUAAUGAAGCUAGGAAGCAAAAUUUGAGAAGAAUCGCUUUGGAACAUGAGCAAGUUGAUCAUAAAAACCCUGAUCGCAACAUAUCGAAGCGAAGUUAG